AUGUCUCGGCCCACUCCGCUUAUCAAGUUUGAUGUCUGUAUCUACAAGAAGAAUGGCAUGCCCCAAGACGAAUUCAUGAAAUGGGCUACGACGGAGUACCCGGUCAAGGCUGCUCCUCUCAUCAAGAGGUACGGUAUCGUGAAAUGGACACAGACAAUCCAGCCUGCUGGGUUCAGAAAACCUCUUCGUGAUUCCCUUCAGAACAACAUGGGUAGAUCAGCCUGGACGGUACCUGAUUAUGAUCUGGUGACGACAUAUUGGCUUAAGAGUUUGGACGAUAUGCACGCCUUGACAAUGGAUCCUGAAUGGGCAGAGCUAGAGAAGGAUGCAUCUACUAAGAGUAACAUGUCGAUUGGCCAUUUUGUCGUUGGUCACGAGAUUAUUCACUUUGAGGGCAACAACAGCACUGCGGAUGCUUAA